GAAAAGAUUGCUCAUUGCCCUUUGCUCCUGUUAAAGAGGAAUCCAGUUUUACAAUGGCAUUCGGUGGUAUCCUGAGUGAGGCUGACAUCUCUGCUGCCCUGCAGAACUGCCAAGCUGCUGACUCCUUCAACUUCAAAACUUUCUUUGCCCAGUCUGGUCUGAGCAGCAAGUCUGCAGAUGUUGUGAAAAACGUCUUUGCCAUCAUCGACCAGGACCAGAGCGGCUUCAUUGAGGAAGAGGAACUGAAGUUGUUCCUCCAGAACUUCAGCGCAAGUGCCAGGGCAUUGACUGAUGCGGAAACCAAGGCCUUCCUGGCAGCUGGUGACGCUGAUGGUGAUGGCAAAAUUGGAGUUGACGAAUUCCAGUCCCUAGUCAAACCUUGAAAAUGAAGACCACAAACUUUCAAGAAAGAUGAAACUGCAGUAGUUUGGCUUUUCUUAGUUGAAUUGAAGGAAGUGGAACCUGGUUUGUCGGAAUGCAAACACCCGAAUAAGCAAAAGAAUCCAAGGGCUUUGUGCUGCAUAGAAGAAACAUCGUCUUCUCUUUGUUCAGUACAUUGGAACCCUAACACGGGUCAGGAAACCGUCAAUUUAUCCAAGAGUUGCCUAAUUAACCCUACUGAUUUAACAGUUUUUUUACUUAUAUUCCACUGAUCUCUGUUCAUCAUAUCAAUAUGACUUUUGUAAUUAUUUAUUCAGUGUGUAUUGGACUGAAGCAGCACCAUUAAAAACUCAAAGCUAUCAAUAAAAUGUUUUUUUUAAAAA